AUGGAUGAUGGAGCAGAGUCUCUGAUGACUGUGCAUCUCCUCACCCAUUUGGGACACCCAUUUCCUCUGCAACAAACGCUGGAUCGGCUUUUGGAGUGGCUGUGCCUGGACAUUCGCCUUUUCCUGGUGUCUGAGCGAAUUCCUGCACUCAAGUACUAUGAGAGAUACCGCAAGAGGAGCUGCAGCUUUCCUGGAAUAUCCAUCCUCCUUUUUCUGCACGAGGACUUGGGAGAAGAGCGGAUUUUCCAGGUCCACGAGCAAUUCCAGCGCCCUCCCUGGCGGUACCAGCGUGCCCAGUUUGCUAAUGGGCAAAGCCCCCCCUGUGUCCCAUCCCACCAGGACUUCUAUGGCCUGGAUGAGCAGCUGCCCGUGUGGGGCAUCAGGCGGGUGCACUGCGGCCCCGAAAUCCUGCGGGUCACCCUCUACUGCAGCUUUGAUAACUAUGAGGAUGCAGUGAGGCUCUACGAGAUGAUCCUCCAGAAGGAAGCCACUCUGCAGAAAAGCACUUUCUGUGUCUUCGUGCUGCACGCCGCCCUUCACGUGGCCGUGCAGCUGUGCCUGAAGCAGUUGCCCAUCGGGGUGGUGCCCGAGCCCAGAGACUUGGCAGCCCUGCAGUUCAAGGUGCAAGAAAUCGGGCAGCUGGUGCCCCUGCUGCCCAACCCCUGUGUUCCUAUCAGCAGCACUAGGUGGCAAACACAGGACUAUGAAGGAAAUACAAUUCUGCUCAAGGUUCAAAGCAGCUCCAGAACCCUUGAAACAAACAUCGGGCUUUCCCAGCAGCAUAAUAAUACAGGCAGUGGAAAAAUCGCUCAGGACUGUAUGCCAGCCCCUCUCCCUGUAAAGCAAGGUAGUCCUGGGCGGAGAAGCCAGGAGGUCGGAGCUCUGAAGGAUAAAACAAAAUCUGACCCAGGUGAAGUCCUUGCCUCUGAGCAAGCCAGCAGUGACCUCCAGAGGCACGGCUGCUCUCCUCCCGGUGCAGCUGCAGCCCGGCCGUGCUGGGAAGCGCCGUCGCUGCGCAGGCAGGCGGGCAGGGGGCUGCAGGCUCCUCUCCCGGAGAGCCGCCGGCACCGCGGGGCAGAGACCGAUGUGGACACCGGGCUCGCCGUGAGCCAUCCCGGGAGCGCCCGCUGCCCGCUGAGCCACUUCCCCCGGGCCCUGCGGAGCAGCCUCCUGCCCCUGCCAUCCCCCGGUACCGGCCCCGGGGCCAGCUCUGCCCUGCCCGCCCGGGACGGGACGCGGCUGCUGCGAGCCGCAGCCCGACGGAGCGAGGCAGAGCACGGAGCUCCGCGAGCACCGCGGGCCGGCCCUGCACACCGAGCAGAGCGCCAGGAGCAGGAGGAGGAGGAGGAAUUCUUUAUAUGACUGAAAACAAGCGUGCCAGACGGACUCGACUUUCCCGAAGGACAGCGGAGCACUUUAGGAUGUGCUGCUCAGGGUGUACCUCUGUAGCUGUGACACCCCACUAAGGGUCACUGAGGCAGACUCUGAAUUUCCAUUGAGAGAUGCUGAGGAGGCUGCAGGAAAAAUAACACUGAAUUUACAGAAAGCUGUUGUUUUGUUUGUUGUUGUUGUUGUUUUUUUUUUUUUUAAUGCACCGUAGGUGAGGGAUUUGUUGAGCAGUGAAUAGGAAUAAGCCAUAUGACUCUUACAGCUGUUCUAAGAUGCUAAAAGAUAGACAGUGAGGUCUUCAGAGGGGUUUGGAAGGUGCAGCUUGCCUGAGCUGCCCAAGCAGCUGGAUGCCCCCAGCCAUGGGG